UCCGAUUCAAUGCUCACCGAUGAUCUGAGCCAUGGGGCAAGUUUGUUUUCCUAAGAAUCUUUUUGAACAUUUCGAGAGCAUAUGCUUGAACAUUUAGAGUGCAUAUGAACAUAUAUUUACGAAAGGUCGCCUCCGAGGGGAUAAAUCACCAUGUCGAACAUUGCAUUUUUGUUCCUGCCUCUCGCGUUCUCUUCUCUUCCCACUGUCCUACCUUUCGUGUCUCCCUCCUCUCAAGUUCUGGUGGGAAGCGAGACGCCUCAUCCUUGGCCUGAGGUGAGUUGUGCCUAUUUGUACCCAGUGAUGCUCGGCCGACGUCAGGUUGAUGAUUUUGCUCAACUUGAGGGAGUGGCCAAAGAUUUUUCCUGCUCAAGAACCGAACCCCUUUGAACGCCCGGAGGGUCCCAGACGUAUCGAUGAAAACUUUGUCUGUGAAACUCAGUCGGCACGUUCAAACUGGGAUUGUAGGAUUAUACCUUUGAGGUAUGCGGCACCCUCCCCCGGGGUUGAGAACUAUGUGCGGGAGGGCCGCUUUGGUCCCCUGGGCGACGUACAGCAGUGCCGCCAGACCCGGAAAGCGCGGCUGGAUGCCUAUGUGAGGUCAGGUUGGGCACCCUACUGGGGAGUCGAAGGCAAGCAGCAUGUGGUGUUCGAUCAGCUUUGCCAUCACCCAGUGAUGGAGGUGAUCCAAGGUUCCCACUUUGUUUCCUUGGCAGGCGUUGGUCAUUUGAAAGGAAGGGCCUAUGGCUACCGUCAGACCAUCGACAUCUCCUGGCCUGAAAUGCCUGUGGCUGUGGAGGACCCUGUGCGGUUCCCUUGUGGUUGCCAUGCGCGGCCGCGGCUGGUGUCAUUCCAAGGCGCAGGCACGCGCACUGUGCGAACAAAGUUGCUGGAGCUGCAUGAUGGGGAGGAAGUGGUGAUCCACGUCGCAGACGUCUCGCAGAGUGCCUUGAACACCACUGACGCCCGUUGGGAUGUGAGCCACCCGCAGAAAGCCGCGUAUGCAGCGCUGAUGCGCGAGAGUGACUUCGCACUGGCACCUGCUGGCCACAGUCAGUGCUCGCUGCGCCUCUACGAGAUCCUGUCCUUCUGCACGGUUCCGGUGAUUAUGGCGGAUGAAAAACUACUGCCAUUUUCGGAGAUCCUCAAUUGGUCGCAGUUUGCCAUCUUUGUGCCAGAAAGUGAGGCGCUCGAAGUGGUCCCACGGCUGCGGGCGAUCAGCGCGGAGCAGCGCUGUGAAAUGCGGCACAGGGCGCACCAGGCCUUCCACACGUACUUCGCCAACGUCUCCUCCAAUGUGAGAGGCUUGAUGGAAGUAUUGAAGUUACACUGGCUGCAAGGCUUUGGGCCCAACGAGGACUCGCGGAAGCUCACGGAGGAGUUCGAACAAUUGUCGUCGCUUUUAUCCUGGUCGCCUUUGGCGAAAGAGGACUUUCACCUCCGCCGCACCACUCUGGAGCGUUUGGGACAUGGAGCCUUUUUGGACCAGGACAACGAUGGCCGCAUCUCUUGGGGCGAAGUGCUCAUCCACGACCGUGGCACACAUGACGCAAGCCGAGAAGCUUUGACAUCAUGGUCCAAGGUUGUCCGAGGUGCCACGAGCGAUGAGGACGACUUAGAGUCACUGGUGACUAAGGCCUUUCAGCGACUGGAUGCCGACCAUGAUGGACAGCUCAGCCGCCGGGAGUUCCAGGUGAACAAGCUUAACUUUGAGAAGCUCGACUUGAACAACGACAGCCACAUUGCCCUGCGUGAACUGCUUUGGGAUCCUUUGCUGUCAUCCGAGAUUCGUAUCAAAACUCUACAGCAAGGCUUCAGAGUCGCGGACGAGAACAAGGAUGGGCAUUUAAGUGCUUCUGAGUUGGAAAGGCCUUUGGCACAGCAUUUGCUCCACCUGCUGGAAGACGCGGAGCGUUUCACGGCACCAGAUGCCCUUCACCACUGUGGACGGCUGUGGGCACCAGCGGAUGAGAGUGACGCGGUGCGUGCGUUGGAAGAGUGCGGCUAUCUUCACCUCCUCCCUGGCCUUUUCACUGGUCGACAAGUCUCCGACAUGUUUGCCGUGGCCAAAAAGUUCAACUGUAGCGAGGCGCCGGCCGAUGCAUUUGAGUCUCAGCCUUUGCCGGGCAUGUUGCAGCGCUUGCUGCAGGCGGCAAUGAGACCAGAUGAGUGUUGUGACCAGAGUCCACCACGAGCUCAGUGCUUGCCAGAGCCCGAGG